AUGGUCAAGGAGAUUUCCCGAGUCGACGGCGGUGAACCUGACCUCAUCGCCGACCGAGAUCGAGAUAUUUGCCGGAAAGCUGAAGGGCUUUUUCGGAUAGCCGCCCACUACAACAGCCCUCGUGUAUCGGAGAACGACCGUUCUGUCCAAGGCCUCUUUCGGAAUGCUCGAGUCUAUGAGACGGAUGGGAUCUCUUCCUUGCUAGGUUUAUCCCAGGGUGGACGAGAACGACCGGUCGAACUCGAAAGGAGCGAACUUCACAUUCGUGAGGACGAGUUGGGACUUCGAAUAUAUGUCCCCAGAAACCCAAGAAGCCAGGACUUUUGCUACCUUCCCAAGCUGCUACCGCGGCUUUUCGAAUGGGUGAUGACUCACUUCGACACGCAAAUCCGAGAAAACAAUGAGCUAGAACGUGUCCUGGUUGUCACGAAAAUUUUGAAUGCCAAACUGUCGACUGUUAAUUGGAUACUGGAGGAAGCUGGAAUUAUGGAAAUUCCUCGCACGGGUAUUGUCGACGACCAAGGUAUUGCCGUAGACCCCGAUCCAGCGGAUCAUGAAAGUGGGGCUGAAGAAUCCGAGCAAGAUGAAGAUGAAGAACAAACCUGGCCGUCCGAUCGCGACGAUGAGGCGAGGAGGCUGGAGAGCAGGCCCAAACAGUCGAGGCCUCCCACGACUGAGAAAUACGAUUCACGCCUACUGCGCUCCUCGCCAUUGCCGCCAUCUCCGCGAAGAAUUGGCGAUGAGAGGACAGCUCACCGCGAUGCGACGCCUGACAUGGUGGACAUGCUUGCGUUGGACGAGGACGCAGGAUAUGUAGCUCUUCUGGACAACAUGAUCACCAAAGCCAGGACCACGCCGUUCCCCAGUAUCGGAUCGUUCGACAUGUCACAAUUGCUCGACAGCUUGCCCCUCGACUCGGAUAUCUCAGCUGAUCAGUACCCUCUUGACGACCGCCGGUUCAGAUCCGCGUCGCUGCGAGAGCGCCAUCACAAGGUCAGAGCGGCCAGUGAGCUUUUCGUCUUCGAGCUCCUGUCCAACCUCGACCCUGCCCUCCCUGGAUUUAGCGAUGCGAACAGGCAGAGCAUGAUCCGGAAAUACGUCCGGGCGCAUCCGCGGUACGGGCGCAUGGACGGCUGGCUGGGUCGCGAGACCGCGGACAUCACGUACGACGACGCCUCGAGCGCGCUCACCGCUCUGCUGAUCGACCAGGGCUAUCUCGCCCGUGACGGCGAGGCAGAAAAGCGGCCCAUCUACUACAUCGAAGCCAAGUCCACGAUAGGGCCGUGCGGCCGCCCAUUCUUCAUAAGGAAGUUCCAGUAUCAGCGCAUGCAGAAUCUCUCGACGGCACGACGCGAGGACUCUCCUCCGCCUCCUCCUUCGGCGGCGGAGGCGAUCUACGUCCUCUUCCGCGUCUUCAUUGUCGGCAGGGACGUUCCCGGCGUCCGCAUCUACGUCGACCCCGAGGCCAUGAGACGAAAGGGCGACCUGACGUUCACGGCGGAGACCUGGUCCGUUGGUCUGGGUCGGGCCUGA